AACAACAUUAGAGUACAUGGAACUAACACUAUUACAGCUGCGAGGUUGGUUAAAUUGAGCCUCAAAAAAACAUUCAAACUAAAGAGCAACAUUUCACAUUAACGACAGCAGCUCUUUGUACUAUACUCGUUCCAAAAAAAACCCAACCUACUCAACUAUUAUGCAAUGCCUGCUGAUAUUGGAGACAUGGAGUGAACGCUGGCAAAAUGUAUUGGCUGCAAAACAGGUUUAUUAUAAGCUUUCCACAAUGUUUGUACUCAUACUUGGCUGACUCUGUUUCCUGUUAAAACUUUGUUCCACAACAUACCCAGAGGAGUAAUCCCAUAAAACUCUGCUUCAUGUCUCAGGACGCUGAUGUUGACACCCCUGCAGAGAGAAACAAACAGCAUAUUUGUUCUAAUCCACAACAAAUUCUGGAACUAAAGUUAUGAAGUCAGAAGUGGCCUUGCAAAAACAGCGCGUCAUCCAACAGCAGAGAAGUGGAUGUCAUCUCAUCUGCUCAUCUCAGCACCAUGCAUCGUACUUCAGAACACUUUUUCAUCAGUAUGUAACCCUGGGCUGUUUGUUAACUUUGCGGUGCUCUCGUGAUCCACGUCCUCCCUUCUGAUCGCUACGUUGUUGAAAAGCCUGCCUGAGAAGAAGAUGGAUGUGUGACUCGUUCAAACAGAGAUAGGAGAAACAAGAAAGAGACAUUGUGUCACUUGUUUCAACUCAGAACCUGUGUGUUAUGAUGUCUGAGUCAGAGGAGAGGGGAACUCCCUGUACUGAGGGAAAGCCAGAGCUCACAUCUGGAAAUAUGUCCAGUACUACCCACCAGGUACAAAGUGGACCCUCUGUGUCUCCAUCUGUGUCCUCUGUCCAGCCUAGUACUAUCUCAGCGACAGAGGAUGAGGACGAAAGUGAAGAUGAAUCAUAUAUUCUGGAAGAGAGCCCUUGUGGCCGCUGGCAGAAACGUAAAGAAGAGGUGAAUCAGCGUAACGUCCCAGGGAUUGAUGCUGCAUACUUGGCUAUGGACACAGAAGAAGGAGUGGAAGUAGUUUGGAAUGAAGUUAAGAUCUCAGAGAGGAAAAAUUUCAAAAUGCUGGAGGAAAAGGUAGAGGCUGUAUUUGAUAACCUGAUUCAUUUGGAGCAUGCCAACAUUGUCAAGUUUCACAAAUACUGGGCUGACAAAAAGGACAACGGGGCCAGGGUGAUUUUUAUUACUGAAUAUAUGUCAUCUGGAAGCUUGAAGCAGUUUCUGAAAAAGACAAAGAAGAAUCACAAGACCAUGAAUGAAAAGGCUUGGAAGAGAUGGUGCACGCAGAUUCUUUCAGCUCUAAGUUAUCUUCACUCCUGUGAUCCUCCCAUCAUCCAUGGCAACCUGACCUGUGACACUGUCUUCAUUCAGCACAACGGCCUCAUCAAGAUUGGAUCAGUUGCUCCAGACACCAUUAACAACCACGUAAAGACUUGUACCGAGGAACAGAAAAACUUGCACUUCUUCGCUCCGGAAUAUGGAGAUGUUGAUGUUACUACAGCCGCAGACAUCUACUCCUUUGGCAUGUGUGCCUUAGAGAUGGCACUGUUGGAGAUUCAGGGGAAUGGAGACUCUUCUUACGUUUCUCAGGAGGCCAUCAACAAUGCCAUACAGUUACUGGAGGACCCACUGCAGAGGGAAUUAAUCCAGAAGUGCCUGGAAUGUGACCCUCUUGCCAGACCUACAGCCCGGGAGCUUCUUUUUAACCAGGCUCUCUUUGAAGUACCGCUCUUAAAACUGCUGGCUGCACACUGUAUUGUCAGCCAUCAACACAUGAUUCCUGAGAAUGCCCUCGAGGAGAUCACUAAGAAACUGGACCCAAACCUGGUUGUUGCCGAGACCAAAGAGGAUGUUCAGCUCAAGCUUUCACAGUUUCCAGCUUUGGAGCUGGACAAGUUUCUGGAGGAUGUGAGGAAUGGUAUUUAUCCAAUGACGGCAUUUGGGCUGCCCUGUCCACAUCAGGCUCAGAAGGAGACUAUUAAAUCUCCUGUAGUCGUCCCUCCAGUCAAAUCCCCAACACCUGAACCUUCAGAGCUUGAGACACGGAAGAUUAUUCAGAUGCAGUGCAGCUUUGAGCCUGUCGAAGAGGGAGCAAAGUAUCAUCUUACAUUACUGCUGAAAAUGGAGGAUAAACUGAAUAGACAUCUAAGCUGUGACAUGUUACCUCAUGAGACCUUUCAAGAUUUGUCCGCAGAGUUGGUGCAGCUGGGCUUAAUCAGUGAGGUGGACCAAAACACAGUAGCCAUUCAACUAGAAGAAUCAUUCAACCAAGUUCCUCACUAGCAAUGGCUUACCAGACCAUCGCUCUCAGCCUUGUUACAUGUUCUUUUUUGUUACUCAACACAGUGACUACCUGGUUUGCUUGUUUCAUUUUUAUUUUAUUUUUUUAAUGAAGCCUUAAGCGAUGAUGUGACCAAAGGAGAAGCGCUUUCUUACUUCAGGGAAUAACAUUUCCUAAAAGUUCCCAAAUAUUAAAAGUAAAGCCAGAUGACUCCACGCAAACCUCCAGUAGUAAUUUGAAGUUUUUAUUUUAAAAGUCAAAUGCAUACACGCCUACAAUAAGUUCAUGUCAGAUCCUUUUGAAUGAUUUGGCUAUUAAGUUAGGUAUGUCGAAUUGCAAGCUAAACUUAAUCAGUGCUGGAACAUUGAUCAAGUUUAACACACUUAGUUGCAGUUUUAUAUUGAAAGCUACACUUUCCUCACAGUUGUAUUUCAGGGCAGGGUGUUUACAUAAUGAUUUGCCUGGCCUGUUUGUGUUCUGGGAGGAGAUGGUGUAAAACUUCAUCAGACCUCAUUCUGGCCUUUAAGAGUCACAUGGUUUUCUUGCUCCUGUUUUACAGUAGAAUCUAACACCUGUUGACAGUCAGCAAAAUUGUGACUUGGAGGGAAGUGGAGGGAUGCGUUUCCACACCAAGGAAAUCUAGAAAACAACUUACAUCAGUUUCUUCUCGUUUGGCUCCUCGUUACAUGAUAGAGCAUUCCCACCUCUUUGAAUUUCAGUGUUUGUUAGACCAACCAAGUGCCUGUUGGGUUAAAUAUGUAGAAUAGUUUGAAACUGGAUAACAGACACUUGUUUUAUUUCACUUGAUAGUUUAAAAAAAAAAAAUCUAUGUAAUUUAAAAGGCCUUUGGUACACAACAAAAUGUGUGUGUAUUUCACAUUUUGAGAAGCCAUCUUACCCUCUUUCUCUGAAAGAUGAUCUCUUGGUUACUUUAAGAUACUGUGAACUCAGAGUUACUGAAUUUCUCUUUUAUUUUUUAUGGGCUUGCUUUACUGUAGGCACUCUUGCCUGUAAUUCCUCUUUUCAUAUUGUUUUUAUGUUGUUUGGUUUUACCAUUUGCUGCUUGUUGGGUUCGCACACGGUACUCUUCCCUUAAGUCGUUCAGAGAGACUUGUGUACUAAACUCAUCUGCCAUAUCUUGUAGAGAGAUGACCCAGGCUUUUCUUUGUGUGUUUUAUACAUGUUAAUCCGAAAUAGCAUGUGUUUUUCUUUAUUUGUUUACAGCAACAGCACAGACACCACGCUGAUAGUCUCAGCCAAUACACAACCCGUUGUGUUUCCGUUGUUUUCUUUGUUAAACAGUGAUUUUUGCUAAAACUCGGACCUGUUGCAUUGAGCACAGACACUUGAGUAAACACCUUUUACAUCAUACAGGUCUUGUUUAGACCUGUGUUGUGACCAGGGAGUUAAUUGUGGCCUUUUUGUGACAUUGUGGCACAAAACUCUUUUUGAACUACUGGUACUGCUGUCUGAAAGCUCAAACAAUUUAGGAACUUAAACAGGUAGUAAAAUUACUAGAAAAACAACUGUUGCGUACGAUAACUUCUGCUGUGCUGGUAUUUUAUUAAAAAUAUACUUCUAAGUGUAUUGUAACUGGUCUAGCAAUCCGAUGAAAAGUUGUUUGCGCUUUCAGACUGAUAUUUAAUCCAAUGCUGGUUAUUGAGCUAUAAUAUUUAAGCUGUACACCUCUCUGUUGAGAUAAUAAUCCAGUGAUUUCAGUGGUCUUUUUCACCAAGUUCAGGUCACUUUUUCUGUCCCACCUUCUUUUGUACAUAAGUGUUCUGUCCUAUUCCAUUAUUUUCCACUGUCUGCAUGUGUGUUUGUGAACUGGCAAGGUUGUAUUUUCCAAAGAGUUGUUCUCAUGCCAGCCAGGAGAAUGUAAAUGCACCACAUGUAGAAGUGGUUUAAAAAAAAAAAAAAAACCUCCAAUGUGAUGCACCUGAGUUUUAUACUGACUCUCUCUCCCCUGCACCUCUGUUCUCUCUUACUUUUGUACCUUUCCAGCCAGUUUGUGAUGAAACUGGUUAAUAAGUUAUUGUACAGGGUGUGCAGCUCUAGCCAGUUACUCCAUGAUACCAGCUUUUGGUUGUAUUUUGAAAUUCCUACAUUUUGUAUUUCAAAGAAUACUGGUUCUUACGAAUAAAUGUGUGAACUGCA